AUUUCAUUUUAUUGAGCAUUACGCUAUUAUAAUAUUCAGUGGUUUAUUACACGUUCAUAUUCAAUUACAAAUACUUUUACUAAAGUUAUUCUUUGAAAUGCCCUUAUAUUAACAAAUGUAAGAAGCUAUAGUGACUACAUAAUUACCUGGGUACACUGACAUCCUACAUUUAUUUUAUACUCAAAGUAAUUAAUUACAUUCAAUGUAAUUUUUUUACAGAAUUUAAUUAAUUUUCAUUACGUGUAUUAACACUGCAUUAUAUGAGAGUGAGAUGAAAUUACCAGUUUUAAACUGGACAUAAGAUAUAAUGAAUAGGGUAUAUAUAAACAUGGCUGCUGCGACAAUAAUCAGAAGCCAACACAAUGUGCCACCAUUAUCUUUAACUCUCUGCCUUAUGGGGAAAAGGUGGUUGGGCGGCGUUUACAAUCCAUUACAUUUGAUGAUGUAGCUGUAGGUGUUUGUGCCAGAGUGGUUGUUUUGGAGCAGCACCAUGGAACACAUUGAUUCCGAAGUCUCGAGUGGAGAAAAAUGUGAAGCAACUGAUGGACAAGGAAAAUACACAUUUGUACAAGUUCCGGAAGAUCAUCUAACGGGGUCUUUACAGACCAUUCAUAGCAAAGCGGAUGGGUCUGAAGUGCUGCAGGGCAGGGGGAAGGAACGCACGACCGACCAUGAUGAUUCCGACAGUGGAGAGAUUUCAGAUUGUGAGAAGAAAAACACCAGGGGCGAAUUUCGAUUGGACAGAAGUCAUGGCAUUCAAUCAAAGUUAAGCCAUGAAAGUCCUAAUGUAGAAAACGAUACCGACUUGAUAAACAGCACAAGCUCCACAGACGAGAGCCACAAGGAAAGGGACAUGUGUCAUGAAGACAGCACGCAGUUUAGAGAACGUUCUGAAGAACAACAAGAAGACAACGUGUAUGAGCAGGACAUACACUCUGUCAUGAAAUACAUGGAUGAGUUAUACAUGCAAGAGUCAGACUUUGAGGAAAGUGAUGAGAUUUCAGAUAAAUGUGACACUAAUAAAACAGGUCUCGAUGCAAGCAGCACGGACAUCCAGUCACGCGAGAUGAGUGAGCAAAUUGAAGAGGGUGCACGUUUAAAACACGGAAGUGAAGCCGAAAGAAAUGGUCACAGCACGGGAAAAUCUCAGGAAAAUGCAAUGAAGCACAAUGACAAAAAAAGUGAAAUUAUGUUUCAGGCGCACCAGGCCAGUCUCAAAGUUGUGCCUGGUAUAUGCAGUGAAGACGCUCAUGUUAGUCAAUUGGAUCCCGAUGAAAAUGAGAUUCCAUUUUAUAGUUCAGCCAUGCUUGCGAAUGAGCAGGUUGGCUCCUUACCUUGUGACCGACAAGAUAAUGAACUCUGUAACUACACUACAAAAGAACACAUCGCACAAACAAAAGAUAAGGAGACUAACGGAUACGUGACAAAAAGUUUGCUGGUGACGGGCUGGGAUGGUGAGCCGGAGGUAGCCUGCCUUAUCCGUGGCCCCCAACACCUCCUGGAGGAUCUGGGAGUCUCGUGUUAUCUCAGUGAUCGUUACCAGCAUCAUCAGCAGCAGAGUGAGGAUGACUAUCAAGAGCUGCUCAGCCACGUGCUGUGCCUGCAGCCAAAGGGGCAGCGCCUGCCCCAAGCCGUCACCAUCUGCGUGCCCUACACCGUGCGCGGGCCCGGCAGCCUGGCAGGCGAGGUCGUGGGCAAGAUCUGGCGCGGUGGUCCACAGUGGGAGGUCAUCCUACCCAAAGUUCUGGACUGCGUCUAUCCGGACAGCGAGGAUGACGUAUUUGCCGAGUUUUCACUGCACGAGCUACCGACCAUAGCCGUGGUGCUGCGUCUCACCAAUGAGCUCCUUCUGGUGGACAAGGAAGGAGGAUCCUUCAAAUCGAGCGUCGAUCCUCGCAUCCUCCUCAACAUCCCAGAGGACUUCACCAAAUCAUCCGUGCAGCUGUCACUGCAGGUGCAGCCGGUCCCAGUGGCGGUGGUCGCGAGCUUGCAAACCGCCCGGGACCCCCGCGAUGCCGACGCGUGUUUAAUUGCCACAAGCCCCAUCGUGAGCCUCGGCGGUGCUGCUAGAUUUAUGCGGCCGCUGGUUUUGGUGUUGCCGUGCCCCCGGUUCGCUGUCGGGGUGAGGGCCAGGACAGUGCCUACUGUGUCGAGUCACGUGGGAAGAAGCGUGACAACUCGACACAUCAGAAAACAGGAUGACGAGGUCCUUCGCCUGGUGGCCCAGCCCACAGUGGGAGGACACUGGACUGAGCUCAGCGACGUGAGGAUAUUGAGCAGGAAGAGUGACUCUGUGCAGGUCGAGCUUCACCGGCCAGUGAGGAGGCUGCUGCUGCUCAGGCUGGCGGCCCGGAGCCGCGGGGUUGCAAUGGCGGGAGCCGUUGUAGAGGCCGUGCGGUCACGCCAGGCGGUCGUGCUGGCACAGCGGCACGGGGCAGACGUAAGCCGGCUGGCUGUGGUAUGCUGCGCGCUGAGUGGACUGGAGGAGGCUGAAGAGGCCCUGCAGAAGGCUGGCUUCAGUGGUCCUCCCGGGCCCAGCCAUCCCUUCCCGGCGCACGAAGGACAGGAGUUGUAUCUCCACUUCACAAGCACUGGAAAUGUCAUGGCUAUCAGGACUGGCGUGAGCACUCAAAUGGCGUUGGGCGAGGUUGCGGUCGCGGUUCCCGAGGGCGAGCAGAGGCUCACGUUCCACGCUCAUCGUCACUCUCGGCUGCAGCUGCGUCUGUGUGAGCGGGACCCCUUCGCGAACCGCGGACAUCAGAACUACCGAGGCGCGCUGCAUGUGACGACUGCCAGCAGGGGGCGAGGGCACCUGCAGCUCUGCUCGCUGGCACUCACCCUCCCAAAGGUACAAUGCCAGGUCCACCGUGGGCCAAGUCUGUACCAGUGCCUCAUCCCAGAGGAUGGACCUCUUGGGCUGCGGGAUCUGCGUUGGCUGGCCCAGGAGCUGAGUGCAGCCGAGGUGGAGAAGGUGGUGCGGCGCCUGGGCGUGGGACGUGGUCGCAUUCAGGCGCUGCGCCUCCGCUCGCCGCACGACAAAUGUGAGCAGGCCCUGGCCCUGCUGUGCUGUUGGCGCGUCGGCCGCCCACACUUUAUUGACGAGCCCGUCGCUGUCCUGGCCUCCGAGCUGAUGCGUUCUCUGUCGCCUCGCCGAGGGCACCGCCUGGCUCAGCGGCUCACGAGCCAGGAGGAGUACCACAGAGAUGCUUGAUCCUCUGAUGGUGGACCUCGGUCCACGCAUAGUGAUACUUGGCGAGUGACAUAGAGCAACACAAAUUUUAAAAAAAGCUAAAUGUGCUACACACUCAAACCAGAAAUUAUCUGUGAUUAUCACAAGUCUUGGUCAGCCCCGAAAAUCAUUUGAUGACAACUGAGUGAUGUGGCUAUGCUUUCUGCGACAUGCUUCAUGAUGGAUGGUGUAUGGUUAGAGCUUGGGGGGGGAUUGUUGACUAGAUUAUAACAUGGUAGCUGCCUUUGGGUUUUCAACAUAGGCAUGUCAACUGACACCUCUAUCACCUUUAUCAGACUGUUUUCACUUGGAGAAGUUGCACUUAAUUGUACUCAAGAGUGAUCGUUUUGGUGGACCACUGAGCAGCAAAGGAAUGACAGAGAGGAAGGUCGUCACGCCAAUUGUCCUGUCAUUGCUCCAUAAAAUUGCUACACGAGGACUCAGCGUAACAUUAAUGGUAUGCAGUGCACUAUAAUUGAAAGAGGAUAAGGGGGAGUGAGUGGGGCCUAUCAGAAUUGUGUUCGGUGAACCGCAGAUGCCUCCACAAAUGUAAAACGAGAAUGCCACUAUUUGUACUCGAGAAGGGGAUUUAGUAAAUGUGAACGAAAGUUGUGUUAGAGGUGGCUGCCUCCAAUCCUUACUUUGCCACCACUCUCUUUUGUGGGAGAAACAUCUAAAUAAAUCAGGUUGUUAUACUAUUGUAGUGGCGAUAACUACUCGCUGUUCACAAGCUGUGAGAGAGCAGUUAGUAAACAAGGUUUUCCCGCUCAAUCAAACAGUUAGGGUCAAAUGGGGUGAGGUAGGAUCCAAACGCCAGAUUGGGAAGGACCAAUCGGACGAGGUCCACGACGUGGCCAGGGAUUGGUCAACCCGGCCACGGACAGGUAUAAAAGCCGGAACGCUGAGAGCUCUUGGUUAGUUCUGCUACACGAAGACCCAAGUCGGCCGAAGACAGCUAGGACCCUGGACCAAGCCUUCCAGCCCUUGUCAGGGCUGGGGCUCAGUGUAACCAGUGGUCAGGGAAGAUAGGUCCUGGAUAGGACCCUGGCUCCCAGCCUUCCCGCCUUGUGAGGGCAAAGGUCUUGAGCGACCAAAGGUCGGGGACCCGCCGGGCCAGCAGCGGGUCAGUGUGCCUCCCCUAGGUCCCAGCCGGAGGACGCUAGGCUAGCGGGGAGAUCACAUAGCCGGCAAGUCCGGAGGCUGUAGCUCCUUAGAAUAGGAGCGAAGUGUGAGUGUGAGCUGUGCAGGGUCGGAGGCUGUAUCUCCUCAGGUUAAUGGGUAAGGGGACCGUAUACCCCACUUCUGACACCAGUUGUAGUGUUGUCCGUCCUCUACAACACUACACUAUGUACAGUCCAGACUGUUUUAAUCCAUAUUGAGUGCACGGCAGAUACAUUUACAUCAUCCCUCCAGCAAUGAGUUGCAUAUGCCCAUGCACAUGCCUCACUGUAACCUGUACGAAUUGCAAACUAGAUUGGCAUUCACUCUUGUACAUAUGUAGUUAUUGACUCAGAGACACUAAGAGUCGGAGGCACUCUUUAUUAACAGCCUUCACUCUCCACACAGAGUAACUACAGCUCCCAGUCAGGACAGCAUGCAGGCUGCCUGACUGACGACGCCGAGCAGGUGAAGAAAUAAACGGCGGUGACGACUCCAGCAGCACGACGGGAUCUCACACCAAGCAACAGCCCCGAGCUCUCGCUCGGGGUCCCCUUUUAUCCUGCCAGCGCUCCGCCACAGCCACACCCCCUUUCUAGAACCUACUAGCGGGUUCCCGGGCUUCCCUCACGUGGCCCCCUCUAUAACCUUUCCCUUGCAUCUCUCUCUCUGGUUUAUCACGUGACCUGCUGUCAGACAGGGCUGCUGCAACUGCAGAUCCCCUUCUCUGCCAGGGACCAGCGCUAUGCUACAUAGUGACCAAUUCUAUGUCACUACACAUACAUUAACACUGUCAGUCAAAACAGAAUACCAAAUUGUGCAUAAAAUACGAGCCAACUAUGACAGCAUUUGUUAAUGAAAACAAAUUGCUGCUUAGAUUGCAUAUUUGUAUUUCUUCAUAUUCUUGAAAUGUAAAUUGUUAUUAGACAACUUGCCCGAUAAUCUCAGAACAUGUAGCACCAAAGGCAAGCAUACAUGUUCUAACCACACUCACUUUACAAUGGAAAUGUAGGACCUGGUGUUUAAAUACACUGCUUGUUAUUUUAAGAGAGUAGCUGAAUACCUUUUAAGGCUUCUAUGCCAGACAAGGCGGCUAUUGCCUUUUGACAUGGGUAAAAUAAGAGGCAAAGGUGCAGCCCUGCAAUUGAUUGGUCACUGUACUGUUGGCUUAAGGUCCUCAACUAGUGUGAUCUCUAGCGAUCUCCUCUAAAUGUAUUUUGGCCUACUCUUUCAUGCUAGCCAGACGACUUGCAAGAGGUGUGAAUAGCCACACUCUACCCCACCACCUACUGAUCAACGUACAAGUCAUAGAAAUCCAUACAGUAAGGAAGCCUCAUGCACUCAAGUACUGGUUAAUCUCCAUGCAGGCUCUUGUCAUCUUUGCCAGAUUUGCAGAUCUCCCACACCAACUAUGCAUGACCAAGAUGAUGAAUUGGAGACAUAAUUGUUAUGUAAACACAGUGAUAAAUGUACACUCACACACUUGGAAUUAUAUUGGCUACACCUGUGGUUAGUACCGGCAAGACCUGUCUGACAUACUUGACAACUUUUGGCAGAGAGGUGCUGUGGAUGGGUCCGGUAAAAAAAAAAAUAGAAAUACAAUUUACACUGUCCUUUGUGUUCUUGCUGGGAACGUAACAGAGGGAGACAUGAUUUAAAGCUUUCGUGACUGCAGGGAUUCAUCUUCUUGGUUCUUUCGGUAAAUUCACGUAGAAGGGAAGUAAUAAAAUAAUAAAAAUAAAACAUAAUAAAAUUAUUCUCACGACGU